CCUCCGCUCCGCCCUCCCCGCGCGUAAAAUAGUGGGUCUUCUCUCUGAGCUGCGCACUCAGCAGAUGUUUCUCCGUGCAGUCAGCUCAGGGCUGACGUCGCUCUUCCGCACUCCCGGGCUUGCAGCGGUUACCGCCAUGAGCACUGGCACCUUUGUCCAGUUGGAUCCGCUCAACUACCGCGACGGGGCCCGUGUGGAGCCCGUGGACAGCAGCGGCACGGAGAAGGCCUUCGAGCCUGCCACCGGCCGAGUGAUAGCUACUUUACAGUGUUCAGGAGAAAUUGAAGUACAUUUGGCUGUUAAAAGUGCAAAGGCUGCCUUUGAAAUAUGGAGAAAGAAAUCUGGCAUGGAGCGUGGCCAAGUCCUUUUAGAGGCUGCCCGGCUGAUAAAGGAACAAAAGGAUGCAAUUGCCACCAUGGAGACAAUCAACAAUGGGAAGUCCAUAUUUGAGGCCCGCCUGGAUAUUGACACUUCGUGGCAGUGCCUGGAAUACUAUGCAGGCCUGGCUGCAUCCAUGGCAGGAGAGCAUGUCCAGCUCCCAAAUGGGUCCUUCGGCUACACCAGAAGAGAGCCACUUGGGGUGUGUGUGGGGAUAGGAGCAUGGAACUACCCCUUCCAGAUUGCCUGUUGGAAGUCUGCUCCUGCUUUGGCAUGUGGUAACGCCAUGAUCUUUAAGCCUUCUCCUUUCACACCUGUGUCUGCUUUGCUCCUGGCUGAGAUUUAUACCAAGGCAGGCGCGCCUCCUGGACUCUUCAAUGUGGUGCAAGGUGGGGCUGCUACAGGCCAGUUUCUGUGUCAGCAUCGCGAUGUGGCCAAAGUCUCCUUCACUGGAAGUGUGCCUACUGGCAUGAAGAUCAUGGAAAUGUCCGCUAAAGGAAUCAAACCUGUCACUUUGGAACUUGGAGGCAAAUCUCCUCUAAUCAUCUUCUCAGACUGUGACCUGGAGGACGCUGUGAAGGGGGCACUGGUGGCCAACUUCCUCACACAAGGCCAGGUUUGUUGUAAUGGAACUAGAGUGUUUGUGCAAAAGGAAAUUAUUGACAAAUUUACAAAAGAAGUCGUGAAGCAGACUCAAAACAUAAGAAUUGGAGACCCCCUUCUGGAAGAUACGAGGAUGGGCCCACUCAUCAAUGGCCCACAUCUGGAACGGGUCCUUGGGUUUAUAAAGUCAGCAAAGGAGGAGGGUGCUACUGUGCUAUAUGGUGGAGAGCCGUAUGAACCAACGGAUCCUAAAUUAAAACAUGGAUAUUACAUGACACCUUGCAUUUUAACUAAUUGCAGAGAUGACAUGACCUGUGUGAGAGAAGAGAUCUUUGGACCAGUCAUGUCCAUUUUACCAUUUAAAACUGAAGCUGAGGUUCUGGAGCGGGCCAAUGAUACCACUUUUGGACUAGCAGCUGGCGUCUUUACCAGGGACAUCCAGCGGGCUCACAGGGUGGCGGCCGACCUUCAGGCUGGAACGUGCUACAUUAACAACUACAAUGUCAGCCCGGUGGAGUUGCCCUUUGGUGGAUAUAAGAAAUCAGGAUUUGGCAGAGAGAAUGGCCGUGUGACCAUUGAGUACUAUUCACAGCUGAAGACGGUGUAUGUGGAGAUGGGUGAAGUGGAGUCACCUUUUUGAAAACCUGUGAAUCCCGUUCAGGUGGCCAGGCUGUGGAACAAGCUGGCUGCCUUGACAGCAGUAUAACUGAAUAGUCUCUUACAUGCAGGUUUUGGGCCACUCAGGAUGAGAGGCUGGGGUCAGUAUUGUCCUCCAUCUUGCAGUUACCCUUCCCAAUUGAAAAUGUGCGCAAGUGCCUUUCAGAUAGCAGCCAGGGGACUUGUUCUUCCUGGGAGUCCUUGCGAGGUCUGUACACGCCAGCAGUACACCACUCAGAAGGCAGGCCACAGCUCUGCUCACACGUCUGUCCCACCAACAAUGGCAACUUUCUAGUUUGCUCUAAAGAUGCCUUCUUUCUUGGGUUUCUGAUGAAUCAGUACACAUUUUCUUUGUUCAU